CACUUUGUAGCAGCCCCCACCACCCAUUUUUCUAUCUUCAUCUCUUUCUCACUUUCUUCUUUUCUCUCCUUUCUCUUCUUCUUCUAUCACAAAAAAACCUAGAAGAAGCACAAAAACCUCCAAUCUAUUGCAUUCACAGCUGCUCAUAAGAAGAAUAAGGGAUGUUUCGCAUAUGUUCUUGUCAUUUUGGACGGAUAGAGGAAAGAAGAAAAGAAAGUCAUCCAUAGCGGAUGCCUCAAGUUCUGAAUGGGAAGAGUUCAAUCAAACUCUGUUUCAGACCAAAAUACAAAGUGACAAAUAUGAAGAGAACAUAAUGCACAACCGCAGGGUGGCUCCUGAAAGGCCAUUGACGGCUGAUGCGUAUGCUCGUUUCAAGAAUUACGGGUUCCUUGCACCAUUUGUGGAGUAAGAUUGGCCGAAGGUGAUAUCUCUCGAUGUACCAUACUACCCAAAAAUGGUACAAUACUUUUACAACAACAUCGUCUAUCAGCAUUCAGAAAAUGGAUUGAUUCAUUCUUUUAAAUCCUAUGUGAAUGGGGGUAGAGAUGUGGAACACCAUAAAUGUGUUGGCAGCAGUUCUGGAGACUCCAAACCUGGGGAAGAGAAUCGAUGCUUACAAUGCUUGAAUGAAACUAAUUUCUUGAG